UCGCACCCGGAGAGCCACGUCGAGGCCGAGCUGCUCGACUCCUCCUUAAUUAUUUGGUACGUGCGUGGCGAUCAGGAGAGCGCCGGCGCACCAAUGGCGGAGCAGCUCCUCUCGACGGCCGUGCACGACACGGUGCCGGGGAGGUACGUGCGGCCGGAGUCGCAGCGUCCGCGCCUCGCGGAGGUCGUCGCCGGCGCGCGCAUCCCCGUCGUCGACCUCGCGUGCCCCGACAGCGCCGCCGUCGUCUCCGCCAUCGGCGCCGCCUGCCGCUCGCACGGCUUCUUCCAGGUGAGAGACACGCCGCCGCCCGUGCAUGCACGCACGCGCGAAGUUAUUUACAGACCGGCGAUCGCAACUGACAAGGCAUGCAUGCUACGUUUGAUGCUGCAGAUUCUGAACCAUGGCAUAGAUGAGGGCCUAAUGGCGGCGGUGAUGGCCGUGGCGCGCGACUUCUUCCGGCUGCCCGCAGAGGAGAAGGCGAAGCUCUACUCCGACGACCCGGCCAGGAAGAUGCGGCUGUCCACGAGCUUCAACGUGCGCAAGGAGACGGUGCACAACUGGCGGGACUACCUCCGGCUGCACUGCCAUCCCCUCGACCAGUUCGUGCCCGACUGGCCGUCCAACCCUCCCGACUUCAAGGAGAUCAUGAGCGCGUACUGCAAGGAGGUCCGGGAGCUCGGGUUGAGGCUGUACGCGGCGAUCUCGGAGAGCCUGGGGCUUGAGGCGGGGUGCAUCGGGACGACGCUGGGCGAGCAGGAGCAGCACAUGGCCGUCAACUUCUACCCGCAGUGCCCCGCGCCGGAGCUCACCUACGGGCUCCCCGCGCACACCGACCCCAACGCGCUCACCAUCCUGCUCAUGGACCAGGACGUCGCCGGCCUGCAGGUGCUCAACGGCGGCAAGUGGGUCGCCGUCAACCCGCAGGCCGGCGCGCUGGUCAUCAACAUCGGCGACCAGCUGCAGGCGCUGAGCAACGGGGAGUACAGGAGCGUGUGGCACCGCGCGGUGGUGAACUCCGACAGGGAACGGAUGUCCGUGGCGUCGUUCCUGUGCCCGUGCAACGACGUGGUGCUCGGCCCCGCGCGGAUGCUCGUCACCGAGGAGACCCCGGCCGUGUACAGGAACUACACGUACGACGAGUACUACAAGAAGUUCUGGAGCAGGAACCUGGACCAAGAGCACUGUCUGGAGCUCUUCAGAACUUAGGGACCGUUCGUUUCAGCGGCUUUUGGCUACUGUUUUUAUCAGAAGCUGACAAGUUAAAAAUCUAAAUAAAUAGUUUUGCUAAAAAUGGUUUCUGAAAAAGUCGAAGCUGAGAAAUUAAUUGAGAAUAGUUUUUAAAAAAAAAUAGUGUGUUGAGGAAGCCAAAAUAAUAUUGUAAAAUCCAACAGCUAAAAUCAAACAUAAUUUUUAAAAAAAAACUAAAAGUACAACUUUUUAGAGAAAACAGAAACAGAAGUCUCAACAAACAGACUCUUAGUAUUAAUAGUAAUACUCGCAUUACAUAGUGCAUUCCUUGCUACUGCUCAUGGGAUUAUUUGUUUGUUCAGUUCUCUUGGACUUUUGCAGUAAGCGACUUUCUGCAGUGGCACUAGAUUAAAAGAGGGCCAAAAGGGGCUUUGGUUAUAAUCACCAGAGUUGAACAGUGCCCGAUUAUUUCUUGGACAA